AUUUAGAUUCUGAUGGUGUAAUUUAAAAAAUUUAAAUAAUGUUUUGAUCUGUUAUCUCACUCUUACUCUUACUUUAGUUUGAUUUUUGGCUACUCUCCCCAUUUCUGUCGUUUAUACAAAUAUGCAUUAAUACUUUUGACCCAAAUCUCUCGCUUUAAUGAUCAUUUUAAAAAUCUGCUUAAUUUAGCGUUAAUAUUUAGACACAACUAAUCCGAUUUAGCAUUUGAACGCCUCAUUGCCACUUUGUUAAGCAAUAAGAAGUACAAAUUCCGAGCGGCUCCUGGAGGCAGCAUGAGGCAGCAGCUCAGUGUGGGAGGUUGAACCGAUCCAGACCGUUCAGCCUUCAUCCUCAUCUUCAUCCUCAGCAGCAUCAGGACCCCUCCCUGCUGCACCUGCGGCGCUGAAGGACGGUCAGAGAACGCUGCGGUACCAGAGCAACGUCCUGCAGACGGUGGUGCUGGUGAACCCGGCACAGGAGGCGGUUUCUCUAGAGACAACUGCUCUGAUCACUGACACUGCUGCUAAUAAGUUGCUAAUUCUGAGCGGCCAGAGCUCCGACCAGGGAGGCGAUAUUCUUCUGCAAAGUGGAGUCUUCGGUUGGCAGCAGUUUUCUGACAUCAUCUCCAACCCUCAAGUUAUUGAAGUCUUGUCCAGGGCCUCCUCGCAGCUGCUGUCCAGGCUUACUGUUUCCUGUCAGGGAGACGGGGGCUGGAGCUCCCUGGGCCAAAGCCAGGAGCAGCAGCCACUGCUUAAUAUUCUUGAGUAUUGCUUAAACCCAGAGCCCCAACUCCCCAAAAUGGACGGGGUCACAGAGUUCACAGAGUACGUCUCGGAAACGGUGGAUGUACCAUCACCCUUCGAGCUUCUGGAGCCGCCGACGUCCGGCGGGUUUCUGAAGCUGUCCAAACCCUGCUGCUACAUAUUCCCUGGAGGCAGGGGGGACUCAGCUCUGUUCGCCGUCAAUGGAUUCAACAUCCUGGUGGAUGGCGGGUCAGAGAGGAAGUCCUGCUUCUGGAAACUAGUUCGACACCUAGACAGGAUCGAUUCCGUCCUGCUCACCCACAUUGGUGCAGACAACCUGCCGGGCAUAAAUGGGCUGUUCCAGAGAAAAAUUGCAGAGCAGGAGGAAGAGAAAAACCAAGGGUCUGGCUCCAGUAGUAAUGGUGACUGGAUGAAGAACUUGAUCUCCCCUGAACUUGGCAUUGUAUUUUUCAACGUCCCAGAGAAGCUAAAGAUGCCGGAGUCUACUCUCAAGGUAAAGCGGAGCAUUGAAGAGGCAUCUCUCACGCUGCAGUACCUUAAUAAGCUUGGCAUCACUCCUGAACCUCUUCACAGGAUAGUCAGUAACACUAUUGAACCAAUAACUCUCUUCCACAAACUUGGUGUGGGAAAGUUAGACAUGUACGUCUUAAACCCUGUGAAGGAAAGCAAAGAGAUGCAGUUUCUGAUGCAAAAAUGGGCAGGGAAUAGCAAAGCCAAGACAGGAAUCAUGAUGCCCAACGGGAAGGAGGGAGAAAUAUCUGUCCCCUAUUUAACGUCAGUCACUGCUCUAAUUGUUUGGAUCCCUCAUCGACCCACAGAAAAGAUAGUGCGUGUGCUGUUUCCUGGAAAUGCACCACAAAAUAAAAUCUUUGAGGGGCUUGAGAAGUUGAAACAUCUGGACUUCCUGCGAUACCCAGUGGCCACUCAAAAAGACAUAUCAUCUGGCGCGCCACCUCCGAUCAUCAAGCAAACUAAAAUAAGGUCCAGAACAGACAGCAAGGAGAGUCUCAAAUCUUCACCUAAACCCCAUGCCAAAGCAUCUAAGAAAGAAACCAGCGGCCAGGAGGAAGAGUCAAGAAGUGACGCCACUAAAGAGAAUAAAGUUGAAAAGAAAGAAGAGAAGAAACCUAAAAGUAAUAGUUUAAAAGCCACCAAACAGCAGAAAAACAGCGAAGUGGCUCCUGGAACCGAGAAGACGGCAAAAAAGAAACUAUCCAAGGAAAAAUCUUCAAAACAAGAGAAGGCAUCUAAAAUGGAUGAAAAGAAAGACAAAGAGAAAAAAGACACCAAGAAAGAAAAGGUAAAGAAAGAUGAAAAAAUAAGAAAGGAAGACAAAAAAGAGAGUAAAGUAAAGGAAGACAAGAAAAAGGAGCCAAGUAAACCAGAGCUUAGAAAAAUCACCAAACCCGACCUGAAGCCACUCACCCCUGAAGUGAGAAAAACCCUGCACAAGGCCAAGAGUCAGGCUAAACCCAAAACUGAUAAAAAUAAGGCUGGCAAAGAGGAAACAAAUGGGAAAAAAACAGUUCCAAAGAACAUCCCAGAUGAGGUGGCAGCAGCAGCUCUGGCUGACAGGUCCAUUGUCUCCUCACCUGAGGACCUCACUGAGGACUUUGAGGCACUCAAACAAGAGGAGAUGUCCAUCCAGAAGACUGGAUCUGUCCAGAAUGAUGUGAUGCCUGAACCCCCAGCACACCUAGAGACUAAGGUUUCUCCUCAAGCUGUAACAAGUGAGAAACUAACAUCCUCAACCACCGAGAUAAAGCCUACUGGAUCUAAAUCCCCUGUCAUCCAAGAAGACAAAAAUGACAAACAAGUUACUGCUUCUCAACUAAAAGAUGUGAGUCAUGGCUUUGACAAGAAGUAUGAGGAGGAGAAAAUGGAGAAAUAUUACUUUUUAAAAGAAAACGUGACUGACAGAUCAAAGAAAAGUGAGAGCUCAGAGGAGGAGGGUGAUGUGAUAGAAAAAGCAGAACUAGAAGGAACAGAAGACGACGAGGUCUUGAAAUCUAAAACAGAGGAGGUGAGAAAGGAGUGGGACACCAAACCAACGACCGCAGCACCCCUACCAGCCUCUGCCUCUGAGCAGUUCUCCUUCAUCCAAGACGAGACCAUCCCUGGUUACUCAGAGACAGAGCAGACGAUCUCCGAUGAGGAAAUCCAUGAGGAAACUGAAGACAAGAUUCCACAGCUGCGCUAUGAUGUGGGCUCCUACGACAUUUCUGUUCCAGAUGUUCCUGGGACAUUUGAAUCCAUGCAUGGUAUUAAAGAGAUGAAAAGCUCUGCAGUUUCUGAUGUUCCUGAUGUCAAACCUAAAGCUUUUGGUCAGGAACCUGAGCUUGCACCUUACCCUGCCAUAAUUGCUGCUCCUCUUGCAGAAGAAGAGCAUAUCUCUUCUGCAACAUCUAUCACAGACUAUGACAGACUGUCAUCUUUCGCCACAUCUGUGGCUGAGGACCAAUCAAUUACCUCGGUGACGGCACCUCAAACAGAAGACGUUGUGAGGAAUUCACUCUUGUUGGACACCGUCAACAGCGCUCCAUCACGUGCGGAAGCCGCCCAAGGGAAAGACUAUCUCCAUUCAGCAGGCACCAUAUCCCCCACCUCCUCUCUGGAAGAUGACAAGUGCUUUAAGUCUCCGUCCUCUGAUGAAUACCAGCCUAACAUUCCGGAGAUAGAGAGUGAUGCAAAGACCAAAGCUGUCCAUGAAGAAGAAGAUGAUGAAGAAGAGGAGGAUGAAGACCAAACUCCAAAUGUUGACAUCCCUCUGGGUAAACUUCAAGAGGGCUAUGAACAAGCUGCCUCACUGAUGCACCAGGAACAACAAAAAUCUCCCUCUAUUGUCAUUCCUGCACAGACUGUCAAGGAAGACCAGACUCUCCUCGGCACAGAAGCGUUUAAGACUGCUGCUGAUGUAAAGCCUAUCUCACCCCCUCCAUCUUUCUCCCCUGGGCUAGAAUCCCGAUCCAGGCAGGACAGUGAGGAGAGAUGCUUUAGUCCUGAUGACAGCACCAUGAAAUUGGCUUCACCCACACAAUCAGUGCCCACAAGCAGUGGUUACUCUCCAACAGAAGAAAAACCCUUUAAGCCAGAGGAAAAAGAUGAAGCACUGCAUGCCAUUAAAACUGACGCUCAGAAAACUGACAGAUCAGUCACCAUCUCAGACAAUACCUCCUUCAUUGGCUUACCAGGCGACAAGACAGCUUUUGAAGUAUCGGAAGAAUCUGAUGAGGAAAGUGAGGAGGACUAUUACACCAAAAAGGAGUUAAAGCCCACUUUAAAAGCUAAACUCAUGGAAGCAAAAGAAGGUUGCUUUUUAGAUGACGACUUUUCAUUCGAGGGGAAAUCUACAAAGACAGAAUCAGAAGCUCUGAGUUCAGACAAGAUGGAGGUGUCCUUUAGCACAACGGAGAAACCCAAACCAAAAGUGAUGUUUUCUGAUGAAGAUGAAAAAGAUGAUGCUUUUCCAGGUGGGGUAAGUUCUAAAACCCUUUCAGAUGAAAAAGACAAAGGUGAGACAACAGAUAUUGCCAUUAAAGAGUCAGAGAAAAGUGUCCAUUUCAGUCUUUAUGAAUAUCCAGAGAAAGAGAGCAGAGAGAGAGCAGUGUACACAAGACAGGAUACACCAUAUGUUCACGGAAAAACAUUCUCUUAUGGUGAUAUUUACGACAGCAAAACAAGCUCAGAGGAGUCUGACUUGUAUCGAGAGGAGUCUCAAGAUAAGGUAGAAGAAAAACCUUCAAAGGAUGAAGAAGAUUUGCACACACAUGAGCCUCCAUCACAAGACACAAUAUCGGACAAGGUGUUAGAGAAAGAACAAAGAGACUCCCCCUCUUCAUGGCUAGAGCCCAAGGGUACAUCUGUCACUGAUCAAUUUAAAACAGAUGUAAAAGAAAAAGAGACAUUUAUUUAUAGUCAGACUAGUCGUUUCCCUUCUGUUGCUGACCGACCUGAAGCCUCGACCACAUGUUUGUCGUCAGAAAAGGACCAAACUCUUGACUCAACGCCCCCAACAUCCUCCUCAGUCAUUUCCAGCGUCCCUUCUGCAUCAGGCUACAGUGAGAAAGGCGCAUGCUUAGAGAUUGAUAUGCGAAAGCUAACAGCAAGAGACGAGGAAGAUUAUGAUGAUGAAGUUAUCAUUGAUGACGAUGAGGAGGAAGAAGAUGAAGAGGAGGAGGAUGAAGAUGGCAUUGAUUCUGACAUGGAAAAAGGUGCCAAAGAGAAAUCUGAAAAGGAAGUACAAAGUCCAGUAAGUCAAAUGUUAGCCUCAAAGAGACCUGAGUUUAUGGUUUCUAUGGCAGGGUACGGUUACAACAGUCAGGGAAAGCCGAGCAUCGCAGAAACCAGCUCAAGUUCAGUGACUAAAGCUGGAUGUCAAGUUCAGGCCGACUCCUCCUGUGUCAGCGAAAAGCCAGUGGAUGUUGGGGCUACCAAUUUGUCUAGUUACUCUUCGGGUUUUGAAUACCCAUACAGAACCGAUGAAAAAGAGUCGUUUCUGUCAAGUCAGAGUGGAGACAAAGAAAAAGAAGAUUUCUCUUCAAAAUUGAGAGUGGACAGUUAUUACCAAAGCGAAACAGUUGAUACUGAAUUUGAGAAACAGAAGACACCAGAUAUUUUGAGCAAGAGCUCAUUGGAAGCAAACUUUCAGUACACAACCACAGCAGCUGCCCCUGGCUACUCCUCAUCUUCAGCCUACAGCUACUCUUCCUCCACCUCAGGCUCCCUCUCCACCAGCCGGCAGUUUGGAGAGGAGCUGGAGACACCCGCAUCCGCUGAACCUCUCUUUGAGUACUCCUCAUUUAAAGAUGAACACUCGCUUGUUAUGGAUUCUCCCUUUUCCAGUUCAGCUGGUGCCAAAGAUGAUUAUCUUGAAGUGUCUGAGAAACAAGUCACUGUAGCAACAACAGCAGAGUCUAGUUCCAGUUUAGCUCGCUUCUCACCUCUUAGUCCUUUUGAGGAGGUCAAGUCCUUCCCAACGGCCUCAUCUGUCGCUGCUGUUCAAGAGAAGAAGGAACAUGUAGCUCCAUUAUGUGGAGUCACUGAUAAAGGGCCUCAAGCUGACUGCUUCUUUAAACCUGAGUGGCCUGAAGAUACCAAGUUGGACACAGCUGCUGGGUUUGGGGCCUCAGCGGGUCCCUUUGCAGACUUCUCUAUGAAUAAAGAGGCCGCCAGUGCUGCUCUGUUUGGUGUCACUUCCUCUCCCCGGCCUGACAUUGAAGGAAAGCAUUACUUUGAAGAGACUGACAGCAGUGAAGAGGAGAAUGAGGAGGCAUAUAUGCGUGAAAUGACUCAGAGGUCUCCUUCCAGUGCUCCUACUGGUAGUCUCCCAUUUUGUGACAAGCCAGUUGCUCCAGCCUUGAGUGCAAAGACAAGUGAUGCACUUCCAGAUGUUCUUAGCUCUUACAUGUCAACACCUCUCCAGACAAGCAAGCCAGACACAACAAAUGGGCCAACAGAGGUAAGCACCAGGAGCACCCUUCCUACUGGGGUAACAGGAGCCGGAGCACCUUCAGGCUCCGCCAGAGUGGAGUCUAGAGAGGGAGCAGCAGGGUACGUCCGGAGUUCAUAUGAGUGGGAAAUGCCCAAGCCUCAGAUGGGGAUGGUACCUGGAGACUCCCCUCCUCAUUACCGCCAUGAUGAAGAGUUUGAGGAGGAAUGUGAGAUGGAGCCAGAGCAUCCUCCUCGCCCACUUUCACUUGCUUCACCUGAUCAGCAGUUCCGCUCACCGUUCUAUGCAGAAGAGUGCAGCCGAGGCGAGCAGGAAGAUGAUGAUGAUGAUGAUGAUGAUGAUGAUGAUGAUGACAGUGAUCAGGACUUACCCAUUGGAGCAACUUCUUCUUACACCAGCCGCACCUCACCUGGAUACUCAUCCUCUGAAUUCAGGCAGCCCAAAGAAGACCUGUCACCAUCCUUCAUCAACCCCUGCAUGAGGCGGCUUUCCAGCGACGAGGACGAUGAGGAGGAAGGUCGCAGGAGCGAUCAGUCACAGGAAGGGGAUGAACAUGACCUGUCAGUCAAGAGGAGGGCUCACAAGCAACCCCAUAUUCACCAGUCCCACAGCAGAGACAGUAGCUCUCUGCAUCAGUCUGGUGGUAUGCCUGCAGGGAUGUGUCUGGCCACAGAGGACACUCCGCCCACCUCUGUCAGUGAGUCUUUACCCUCUCAGUCAGAGUCAGAUCUGCAUCCUGGCACUGCAGAGUACCCGUCAAUUACAGGUGAAGGCAACAUGGACUCAGAUGAGGAUGGAGAAUACAUGCCGAUUGAUAAAUCUGCCACAGGGCGAGGUAGCCAUCAUUCUACCUCCAGGAGAAGCCAUGACCCUCCUCCUGCUCCCCUCCUGGAUCACUUCCCUCAUCCACCCCACCCAGAUGUCUGCAUGGUGGAUCCUGACUCUCUGGGUAAUGGCUCUCUGAAGAAGGAACCAAAAGCCAAAAGUCUGAAGAAGUCUUCAGGCAAAACAAAAUCAGCCUCUCCAGCCAGGCGUAAGAGGUCUCCAAUGCCUGUUAAACAGACGCCGUCACCUCGGAGUGCUUCACUGAAGAAAAAGGACGCAGACAAAAGUUCGCGCAUGUCUCGUCUGUCAGACGGACAAGGCUCCAAGGACGACGACCUCUCAAGAUCAAGCUAUAACCCCAGUAAAGGGCUGACAAACGGGGUCAAAACCAGCUCAGGUUCCCAGAAGUCCGGCGCGGCGGCCGCAACCGGCCUUCCAAUUUAUGUGGAUCUAGCUUACAUUCCCAACCACUGCAGUGCUAAGAACGUGGACCAGGAGUUUUUCAAACGCAUUCGCUCUGCAUACUAUGUAGUGAGCGGCAACGAUGCUGCAGGGGGCGAACCUGGCCGAGCGGUUCUUGAUGCUUUGUUGGAUGCCAAAGCUCAGUGGGGGUCAAACCUUCAGGUGACGCUGAUCCCAACCCACGACACAGAGGUGACACGCGACUGGUACCAGCAGACCCACGAGAGGCAGCAGGAGCUGAACAUCAUGGUUCUGGCCUCCAGCAGCACCGUCGUCAUGCAGGACGAAUCUUUUCCAGCCUGCAAGAUUGAAUUUUAGGAUCCCCUCCGCCUCUCCUCUCUCCCUGCUGUAGAUCUUUUCUGGUUCUUUUUUUCUGUAUCCUGAUAUGCAACCCGAUGUGUCUCUGCUCCGAUUGUUCAUGCCGCACAGCGAAGCAGAGGCAGAUCUGGAGAACUUUUUAAAGUGUUUUUGUCGAUUAUUAAGCUUGGUGUGACCAUCGCCAUUGGCGUCCUAAUGGUACUUUUCAGCUAGUCGUCAUUUCCCUGUGGUUUAGUAAAAAUUAUGAAUAUCUCUGCUACGCCAUAACCCUGAACGUUUUCACAUUUAAUCAUUUUACAACCACAAACUUCAGAGUGUUUUAUAGGAACUAAAACGAUUUCAGAGACUUUGCUUUUAUCUAAACCUUCCCAUAAAUUAUCGUUCUCAAGUCUUCUUGUCUUUAGCUCCAUCCAUUUUCCUAAUAACUCUGACCAGCUUCACUGUCCCUGCCGAAGAAAAGCACCCCACAGCAUGAUGCUGCCAUCACCAUUUUAGGUGAUUUAUCAGGAUAACUGGUUGCACUGGAUUUAAUUUUGGAGUUGCAGGGUGUUUUUGACUUAGUUCGAUUGGGGACCAAAGUUGCAACAAUUUUUUGUCUUUUGCAUUUUCCGCCAUGUGCUAAGCAACCAACAAAGAUUUUUAAAAUUUAUUUUAACUUUUUAUUUUUAACCAAAAUGAAAAAGAACCCACUGAGAUUAAAGGAAGGAAGCCUUGGUUAAGAGGCAGCAACAAGAACAACACAAAAACUUAACUGAAGAAAUGUUGAGGAAUGAAGGAAUUAAUAAAGAAUUUCUUCAAUAAAUUCAGGAGAAUUUAUUCAGCAGUCUGGAGACCUAACAAACCAGCACCCUGCCCUGGGUAUUAAGAGUGUUUACACACUGGUAGUCUGGUAAACUCAGUUUGAUUGGGGACCAAAAUUGUAACAUCUGUUACAUUUUCUGCGUUAAACGAAUCAAAACCUGUUGGGGGCGCUGCACCAAGAUCCACUGAAGAAAACGACACAGAAACCUCUGAAUGCAACUUCCUUCUACAUAUAAUAUAAAUAAAAAUGAAGCCGUGUCAGAUUUUAGCAGUUGUAGGAUUUCUAUUUUGUUGCUAGCAAAACCCCAUCAGUCAUUUCUCCCGCUAGUGCUGGACUAGCAUGUUUGUUUUGGUUGUAUUUACCCAGAAUGCCUUGCAGGGUAGUCUGUUCCCUGCCUUUCUGUUUGCCGUUCAGAUAUGCAUUCGAUCAGAGAUCAGAUCAGAGUUUGAUGAAACGGUUACGGCUCCCCAAAUGAUCUGGUCUUUCUCGACAUGCAGACUGGAGUUGGAAGAAACUCUAAAUUUCUAAAAGUCCAAAAUGUUCAACUUUUGAAACUCAAAACUUUCCAUGUUUCCUGGAAUAUUUUAAAGAUUAAUUUGAAAUUUAGAUUUUCAAAUUUUGAUGCUCAUUACUUAAAAAAAAUCUGAAAAACGAAUGAGAUUUUAUGGCGUAAAUGCACUUUUUUUUUCUACCUCGAAUGGCCCUAAUAUGUCAUCAUCAAGUACAAAUCCACUCCACACUUUCCAGAUUUUAUCCUUAAAGAACUUUGAAACCCCAUCUAUCAUUUUCCUGCUGCACAACAACAAUACACAAUCACAUAAACUCCAAAUAAGAUACCCUGAAGUCGUGGUUGUACGGUGUUGAAGGUGGAAGAUUUUCAGGGAUAUGAAAACUUUUACAAGGCUGCUCCUGUAAACUGUUGCAGUAGAAGCACAAAUUUGAAGAAAUCAAAGCAGCAGUUCUCAAUUUUUUUUAGCUAAUACCAGUCGUGACCUUUUCUGGCAGAGGAAUAGAAACAUGAAUUAAUUGAUCAGUCCUCCGAUUCCCAUUGCUUAAAAUGAGAUCCACAAACAUAAAAAAAUCUGAUUAGAUUGUCAUUUUUUGCUCUUUUCUCUGUUGAAACAGUGACAGUGUUUAGUUUUUGGCCUCCCGGUGACAUAGACGGAUAGAAAACUAGAUCCCUUUUAGACUAUAUUUGUUGUAGCAAUGGGAACAUAAUAAUCAAACAUCUGUAUUGUAGUGAGUUCUGAUAUUUCUACUGUUCUCUCAAACAGUUAAAACCUUCCUGAUGGCUGUUUUUUAUUACGGUGAAGCUCUCCAUAACCAUAUCCGUGGUCUUUGAUGUUCUUUCCCAGUUAGCCAAUCGUCACAGAGGUCACACAGAGGUCACACAGAGAGCUGCAAGCGCUGAAAACAUGUUUGUAUCGCAACAUCCUGAAGCUCAGAGCUCAAAAAAAAAAGAGGCUUUUACAGAACAGCGUGUUAAAGACGACGAUGGCUGUUUUGGUUGAUGGGAGACCGUCACCCCACAUGUGCCUUUCUGCGGUUCUGGAAGAAAAACAGGCGGCGGAGGCCCAAGAUGUCGGUUUGAAAUGAGAGUGAAACGCAGGGCCGGUCCAAGCCUUUCUGGGGCCCAAAGCUGAUUUUUUGUGGGCUCCCUACACCAACAUGUCAAAACCAGAUGCUUCAUUGUUUCUAUGCUGUUAUCAUUAGCGUUUUUUAUUUGCUUACAUCAUGUCAGUGUUUUAUGGCUGUUGAUUCUAAAGUUACAGAAGCUUCAAGCUAAAAUAAUAAUAAAAAAAAAAACAUUUAGAUUUUGAAGUGUAGAGUUGUACACUGCAAAAACAAAAAAAAUGCAGUUUCUAAUGCAGUUAUUUUAGUACACUUCAAAUCUUACCAAGUAAUUUUUUAUCUAGUUUCUCCUGCAAAUAUCUCAGUACAGUAACUUAUAAGUAACUUUUCAGCAAGGAAAAGUAGUUUUUCAUCAAUAUUAAGGAAUUAUUGACUAAAACAUCCUCUUGUUACUUAUGAGUUAGUUUUUCAAGAGUUGUAGGACACCUAUUGGAAAAAAUACUUGGCAACAUUUUGUGUUUUUGCAGUGUAUUUAAGUGUGUCGUAUUUUAACUAACCUUACAUUACAGUCAUUACAUUCAUUACAGUUGAUAUUAUGUUUCCCCAACAGAGGCAGCAGAAAAUAAACCGGAUGAUAUAAUAAUUUAGCUUGUGUUAUUUAAAUACAAUUUUAUUAAAUUAUGCUACCUUGGUGCUCUUAGCGCCCCCUGGUGGUGUGGGGGCUCUAAGCAGCUGCUUAACUCUUGUAUGCCUUGGGCCGGCCCUGGUGAAACCACUCAGAGUUCCAGCUGCCACUUAAAGAAGCACAAGGCAAACCAGUGAGCAAAGCUUCCCCACUUUUUAUUUUAAAGUAACAUUUUAGACUUCCUUUGUUAAAUUUGAUGAAAUCCCGGUGAACUUCUUGCUAAUUCAUUUAAUUCCAGCUCAUCUGCUGAUGCAUGCACAGGAGCUGCAUGCCACGACAUGUAAACGAAAGGCGACUGUUUUUAAAAAUUGCACCCGAUCGGCCUGAAUGUGAAGAUGCAGAUUUUACCUUUACGUUCUCCGCGGAGGACUCGGAUCUCCUGGUUGCCUUGGUUACCAUGCAUCACAUGACACACGGGUUGUCUGUAACACCUGCGGAGAGACAUCAGCGUUAACGCUUAUGCUUUCUGCUCAGAUUUUUAAAACAAGGGUCAAAGUUCACGUUACCUCACUCUUGCAUUCCUGUAACACUGUAACAAUCAAUCGGCUGAUCACUCAAAGCCCAAACUGCCAGACCUGAGGUGCUCUCUUCACUCAUGCAAACACAUUUGAUCUGUUGUUCACAUUUAUCUGCAUCCAGACGCACACCUGACUGCUGCACUUAAAGAAAAAUUAAUCUGAGAUAAAUACCUCCCUCCGUUGGACUGAGCCCGGCUUGUUUGUGCAUGCGUACCUUUUGAGUUCUCCUGUAUUGACAUGAAAACGACUCAUUAUUGAAAUGCUGUUUUACAUGAUGUGGUUUUGAGAAGCUAAAACUGUCCAGUUUGAAGGAGCCACAUGUAACCCGGUAAAGAAAGCCUUGUGAGGGUUUUCCUCUCCUUCCUGCUUCUUCUUUCAUCUCUUAAUUUAAGUGCAAUAUUCUCUUUAUCUCUAUUUAAAUGCUUAUAAAAGGUAAAAUAGAAGUCAGAUUUAUUGUUGGGAGGGAUAAAAGUGUGUUGAAGACAAAUAAAAAUGUCAUUUACUGAAUUGAA